GAAAAACAAGUCGUAACGUUCAAUAUUUAUAAGUCUGGAGUAUGAACGAUUUCAAUGGACUUGCUGAAGCAUUACUGUCGAUAUUGACAAUGCUCCCUUAGAAAUGUGUUAUGAAGGAUAGCUUUCGAAAUUGAAUCCGUUGUUGGUUUCUGGCUCCAUUAUGCGACUGUUAUGGGUUUGUCUACUCUGUAAUCCGGCGUUAUUUGUUAAAGGUCAGGAACUUGACUGUACUGAGCCUUGUAGCUGCUGUAAUUUAAAUGGAGCGUCAGGUUGUGGAUAUAACCCAGCAAUAGAAGCAGACUUUUGCUUCGAUGGGUGUGUAGAUACCAUAUACGGACAUAAAUGUAAAGACAGAUGCAGUGGGAAUUGUCUCAAAUGCGAACAGGAACAUGGCACCCCAUGCUACGCUUGCAAAAACACCUAUUUCAAUACAAGUACUCAUUGUAGUCAGAAGUGUUCAAACGGAUGUAAUGACUCGCUUUGCGAUGAUGAUGGUAAUUGUUCAUGUCUUACAAACUUUGUUGGAAGUACUUGUAACGAUUGCCUUGAUGGAUUUUUUGGCGAACACUGCAAUAAAUCCUGCUCACCUAAUUGCACAUAUUGUGAUCGAUUCACUGGUGUUUGCAAUGAAUGUUCGACUAAUACAGUUUAUGGUGAAUAUUGCGAUGUCCCAUGCAAUCAAACAUGCAUUGAAUCGAAAUGCUUGCGUACAACAGGUAACUGUGCAAUAGGAUGUAUGCCAAAUUAUUACGAUCUGAAAUGCGACAAAGAAUGUUCUGAAAAUUGCAAAGACGGCGGUUCAAAUUUAACGCAAUGUUACAAAACAGCACGAUGUAAUGGAUGUAAGACAGGCUUUAUGGGCAACACAUGUGAAACACCAUGUUAUGAGAACUGUACUUCCUGUGAACAAGAUACAGGUGUGUGUGACAAAUGUAGCAAUAAUACGAUGCAUGGAACGUAUUGCAAUAACACAUGCAGCCCAACUUGUAUUGAUAAUAAAUGCAAUAAGGACACUGGAGUUUGUAAUCACGGAUGCACCAAAUGUACUGAAUUUGAAAAUCAACAAUCUACAACAGAUGGAGUAAGCGUUGGCCUUAACAUUGGUGCAGGUUUUACAAGAUGUGUGGCUGAAAUAAUCGUUUGUUUGAUUGGUUCAUAUAUUUUGAAACGGUGGUGUUACUAAUGCAGUUGUAGAAGACUAUGAGCAGGUGGACAACUAACAAAGACGAACAAGUAAGGAACAGACAGCGUACAAACUAUUGGAAACUUCGACUGCCCAACAAGAUCUGAACGCGCGCAUACACGAGCAAAUCUAAAACGACACAGCUUGUAUAUUGGCGUGGUAAAAGGUUAAAAAAUAAUAAAAUAUUGCAAACAAUUUAAAACAACAACAAUGCCUUUAAUAUAAAGUUUGAAUAUACGUUUGUGAACGGGCACAUUCUGCUUUUUGCUCUCUAUUUGUUAUACACACGAAGUAAGAGCUGAAUAUAAUAUGUAUCAGCGGCAUGUUGUUGAGCAUACUCAGCUUCUUUUUCCUCUUUAACUGGUAUAUUUGUAUUGUCUAGGUAUUUCCUAAUACCACCGUUAUAUUAUAUUAUAUGACACUAUACGUAUGUUGUUAUGCUAUAUCCAUGUACAAAUAUUAUCUAAACAGACCCAUGUCUAUUACAUGUCUCAUAAUCCCUGUGCUUUGGAGAUCCCACCGGUCGCAGAUGUUACCUCUUCGGGUAUAGUGUCCUUCCGGUUCAAAUUUCUUAGCAAGAGGAUAUAACCAAAAUGCAUAAAAGAAAUGUCAAUAUACCUAUUAUCUACAUCUAAAGGUAAUAUUACUUGCAACCAAACAUUAUGUGACGUUUCUGCUUUUCAGGGCACAUAUUUUGAGCUUGUUUCUGUAGUUUUUCAUAUACAUAUUGCAUCACAUUUUGGAAGAUACCACUCAAUCAUUCCUUCACCAAACAACACGAAAACAACUGAAACUCCAUUUAUUUCUCUACACUGGCAUUAUGUUUAUUUAUUCAAGAAUAGUUUUAAAAAAAGAGAGAAAAAAAUAAUACAUUUGAAAUUAAAGAUAAAAGGAUUUAUUAAAACGUAAGUAAAUCGGUCAGUAUGCUACACAUAAAAACCUAGUUAACAACAAUAAAACGGAGCUAUCCUCAAAUCGCCAAUCACCUCUAGAGAAUAACUCCCCUAAUAUUAAAUUGUUAAUGCCAUUUAUCGUUUGCAAUAUAUAUAUAUAAAUACUUAAUACAUCCACAUGUCCUCUCCUGACCAGCAAUCGACAAUGGUCAAUGUACUAAGGAUUGACCAAUGCUAUCUCACUAUUUAAUGGCAUUUAUGGUUUUAAUUCCAAGAAUUUUAAGAAUAUAAGCCAUAUCAACCAUAAAAGCGCAAAACACUCAUUUUAAAGGUAUUUUUAUCCUUGUCCUUCAAUUGUCUGUGUUGUAACAAUACCUGUUAUGAAUCUGGUUUGAGAGCAGAAUCCUAAAUAAUAUACAUGUACAUGUCUUAACCUUUGUUUUAAAGAGUUUUAAUUCCUGUUCACGUCAACAAUGAUAAUUAAUAACAUAUCCUCAAUAGUAUGAAAAUUAAAGACUAUGAAUGUAUGUACUCAUAACCUUACCCUUUUUCCAUGAGAUAUCACAAUUAAAAGGCAUAAUUUAAAAUGUUUAAGGCCAAUUAUUUAAGAUAUGGAAGAUAAUUUGGAUUAACACAAAACGUAUUAAAUCAUAGCAAACAAUGUGCAUUGUUUUCGCAAUUAAAGCUUACUACCCUAUUAAGGCUGGUGGAGGUGAUUGUCUUCAACAUCUUCCUCAACGACAUAUUCUACCUUAUCAAUAAUGCAGCUUUGUAUAGUUACUUCCAAUCAAAUGCAGGCUAACCCUGACAAAUGUCAAGAAAUUUCAGCUGGCUCAAAGUCUGUAAAAGAAUUAAAACAAAUCAAUAUAAGCUAUUUAUCUAUAAAUAUUUUAUCAGAUCCAAUUCCAACUACUGUUCUGUCGCUUGACGUUUUUAUAGCAAGACCAACACAGAAAUAAAUAGAAAGAUUUCAUACAGAGCUUUAAACGUUGUAUUGAAUGAUUACAUCUCAUCUUACGAUCAUCUUCUUCAUAGAGUUCAAUUGCCGAAAGUAAAUCUGAGCCGGGUAAGAUACAUCGCUAUUGAAAUUUAAUUUUUUGUAAGGUAUCUCACCAGAAUAUGUGCAAAACCUUGAAGCCUUUAAGACAUGUUAGUUUAAUCGAAUAUAUGAAAACUGUGUAGAAGUUCAGUCAGUAAGAACAACUAAAUAUGGGAAGAACUCAUUUCGCUUUGACGCCAGUCAGGUAUGGAAAAGCCUUCCAAUGGAAAUAAGGUGCUCUGAAAACUACCUGGAAUUUACAGGUCCCUCCAGUAAUGUGUAAAUACUACUUUACUCCUUGAAAAAAAACAAGUAGAAAUCGAGAUUUAUAAGAUGUUUCACUGAAUACCUUUUAUCCUUUGUCUUAAAGGAGUUUUGGUUUCAGUGGGAUGGCCUACAUAUUGUUUAGGUGUUAUGACUUGACAUUUUCAAUUUACAUUAUAACACAGUGGUAGGUGCUGAUAUUGUCAGGACAGUUGCCGGGCAGAGGUUUGAGAUGGUUGCUUGUAAGAAGAGAUGGCCCCAAUGGGAUCAGCAAUGCCUUUGUACGUUUUGUUUCUGAUAAUAUUAGCAAAAUCUAGUAGUAUCUAAAUUACCUGAUAAAUAUAAAACCUCCUCUAAACAAAACCUUUUAAAGAUUUUUCCUAUCAAGCUAGAUUAUUGAUCACAUUUUUACCAACUACACAUCAAUUCACCAUGCUGUUAUUCCCAUGUAUAUAAUGCUACUUACAAUUUUGCAGUUUCAAUGUAUACGACUUAUCCUUAAUGUUAUACUCUUGAAAGAACUUUAAACCAGCAUUUUACAGUGGUAUGUCAACUAGCAGAACCGUGCGCGCUGUGGAUUGCCCGAACAGCCGGGAAAACGUGUUGAUGUUAGCACUUGUUUUCAAUGCUCUAAUCCAACUUACUAUUUGUAAUUGUAUACAUGAAUAUAAAUAACGAACGGCUUUUGUAAAUACUUUGUUCAUUUUACCCUUUAUACUUUUAUUUCCAGGUCACAAGCUCAUUGUUAUGUUUUUGAUAUGUAUGUCUGUUAUUCAUGUCGAAUAAUUGCUCAUUGUGCUUAAAUGGGAUUUUUUUUGUUAACGUAUACCCGAUUUUAA